AUGCGUCACACUACCUCCAUCGCUCUGGCCAUUGCCCAGUUUGUCCUCGCUGCCAAUGCGCAGGUCGAAUUGGACAUGGACGAUGUGCCCACGCCCUGCAAGACCAUCUGCAAGCCCAUCGGCACGCUCUCAGACCGUUGCGAUGUCGACCUGCGCAGCGACAAUGAUCGCGACGAACACCACCUCCAGAACCAGUGCAUCUGCACCAACAAGAGCUUCGACGUCGGCAAGAUUGCCGCGCUCUGUGCCGACUGCAUGCACCAGUCCAAGAAGAACAAGCGUGACGACGACGAUGAUCACGCUGACAACGAUGACCUUAAGCACAUUGACGAGAUUCUCUCCGUGUGUGGCUUCUCUAGCACCACGUACAACUCGGCAGCCACCAGCGAGGCUGCCAGCGUCAACGUUGAUGUCACUCGUCCUACCGACGUCAGCCAGCUCACCACCACCAUUGACCGCACCCACCCUGCCGGAGGUGCUGGAGGUGGCAGCAGUGCCACGGCCACUUCGUCGGGCCAGUCUACUUCAGGCGCCUCGACCGCGACCAGCCCGACCACGUCGUCUACUACAACCGCGUCGCAGACCUCUGGCAGCACUGGCUCCAGCUCGUCGAGCUCCGCUGCCUCGAGCUCCAGCGCGGCUGCUUCAUCGACCCCCAACGCCGCUCCGGCUGCGACGGCUCAGGCAGUCUACGCAGUCGGUGGCAUGGUAGCCGCAGCUUACCUGAUGGUUUAA